AUGGGUGAAGGUUAUGAAGAGUUAACUACAUGCUUAGGUGAUAGUCUAAGUGAUUAUAAUGUUUUUUUUGUUAAUAAUAGUCCAGUAACGGUCAGACCUAGAGAGUUUCGUGACUUUGAUGCUAGCUUAGAUUUGAUAGUUAUAGAAUGUAUUAACUAUUUGAAUCUUACUGCAAUUGUCAGAACUGAGGGCAACAUACCACUAUACUCAGAUGAUGAUGAUGAUGAUGAUGAUGAUGAUGUUUAUACUUUCGAUUACCUCAAUGAUCCUUAUAUUUUGCCGUUUAACUGUCAAUCUUUUUAG